CUCAUAAGAGUACGAAAAAAAAUAAAAAAUUGUGGUAGAAAUCAAUUGUUUAAGUGCGUGUGUGUGUCAAACGGUAAAUAGUACAAUUAAAAUUCGAUUUUAAAGAAACGGUUAAGCAAGAUGAAAUGGGAAUGGCAACGCAUAGCUUAAUUUGCAAAAAUCGUCAACAGCAACAACAAAAACAACAACAGCAGCAGCAACGUGUGUGUUGUAAUUGGACGAACUGAAGCAUUGGAUUGAGUGUGUGGGAUAGCGACGGUGUACAGGAGAGCGGAUUGUAGACAAAUUAGAAUUGCGAGACGACAACAACGACAUUGAAGUUCCAUUCUGUGCUGCGUAACAACGUCACUGCGUCGCUCGCCUCUGUGCGGGGAGUAGCAGCAACAGAAACAGUAACAGCAGCUUGCAAAUAAAACGCAUCCCAGGCUAAUGCAACUAACAAUAACACCAACAAAAACAACAACAAGACCAAGGAUUAACAAAUAAAGAAAUAAACAAUAACUGCGACAAUAAAUUAGGAAUAGUAAUAAAAAGAAACGAAUAAGGCAGCCACUGCGAAAACUGCGACAAUUGCGACAACUGCGACAGGAGAAUCACGCGCCGCGCCAUCAAUACGGAACAUACACGAAAAAAAAAAUAAGAACGCGUCUGAGGCCAACUGGCUCUACACAUCAUUGCAACUAUAGGUGUUUAAUAUUGUUGUUGGCUGUUAGUUUAAGGAACCAGGAUGGUAAGUACCAAUCUGGUGGUGCCCGUUGUGCUUUGGGGACCCACAGCGCCGACGCACUGCAUCUCAAGCGUUUUCCUAUCGGACGAUCAAUGCACACUAGUCACUGGCUGCUACGAUGGCCAGAUCUGCCUCUGGCAAGUGGAGCCCACAACGCUGCGUAUGUCACCGCGAUGCCUCCUCGUUGGACAUUCGGCACCGGUGCUGUGCCUGGUUCGGGCCUCGCUAAUGCCCGAGAACAAUUUUCUGGUUAGCUCCUCGGAAAAUGGUGAGAUGUGUACGUGGGAUCUCAUCGAUGGCAAGUGUACGGAGGCUGUUAAGCUGCCACAGGUGCACACACAAAUCCAAAGCUAUCACACAGCGAACAGCGAGGAUGUGCGUCUGUUCUGCAUUGGUUACUAUGCCGAAAUUAUGGUCAUGGAUCCCUUCAGUCUGGAGGUUAUCUAUGUGCUCAGCUCCAAGGUUAAACCGGACUGGAUUUCGGCGAUACACGUGCUGCGUCCAAUGCGACGCAAGGAUGAUGUGGUGCUGGCUAUCACCACCACGGGCACGGUUAAGGUUUGGACGUUGACCGGCAACGAAAACAAGCAUGCCGAGCCCAUCUACGAGAACGAGUCCAAGGAGAUACGCUGUCUAAAUGCCAUCACUAUGAACUGCUGUGCCCAAAAUCAGCGCACGGUACUUCUCGUCUGCACCAAGUAUUGGCAAAUCUAUGAUGCUGGCGAUUUUACGGUACUCUGCUCCGUAAUUGCGCCCGCAAGGGAACGCUGGCAAGGCGGUGACUUCAUAACCUCAGAUCGCGUCAUGCUCUGGACUGACGAAGGCAAGGGCUAUCUAUAUAAGCUGCCCGCGAAUUGCAUACCGGACAACAAGGAGUUCCAUUCAAAGAGCGUCGUCCGCGAUGCACCCUAUCUGUAUUAUGUGCUGCAGCAUGCUGGCGACAAGGUUCUCUCCUGCCCACCAGCCAUGAAACUCCUCCCAGGUGGUACCAGCGGCACCACACAGAAUUAUCUGCUACGCGGCGACUCGGAAGGCUUCAUUUCGGUGUGGCAUGUACCGGAGGUGCCGCUCGACAAUAUCAGUAUAUUGCAGGCCAAGCAGAUGCCGCCUCGAGUGCUUAAACCCCAGGUCUGUACAUCGUUGGUGGAGGCCUGGUCUGUCAUGGAUCCUCCACCGGUCGGCAUAUUAGAUCAGCUGUCGCGCAUCACCGACUCGCCGGUGAAGCUGACCUCCAGCAUUUAUUUGCCACAGCAGAGUCGGCUUGUGAUUGGGCGUGAGGAUGGUAGCAUUGUUAUCGUGCCGGCCACUCAGACAGUUAUGAUGCAGUUACUUGUGGGCAUAAAGCAGAACUUUAGCGACUGGCCCUCACAUCAGAUAUUGUACGGACAUCGCGGUCGUGUCAAUUGCUUGCUGUGCCCCUCCAUGAUCCAUGCGCGCUAUGAAAAGUCUCAUCUGCUUUCGGGCGGCAUCGAUUUUGCCGUUUGCUUGUGGGAUCUAUACAGUGGCAGUCUACUGCAUCGCUUUUGUGUGCACGCUGGAGAGAUAACGCAGUUGUUGGUGCCGCCAGAGACGUGUAGUCCACGCAUCCUGAAGUGCAUCUGCUCUGUGGCAUCAGAUCAUUCGGUUACGCUGGUCAGUCUGCAGGAACGGAAGUGCGUAACGCUAGCCAGUCGCCAUUUGUUCCCAGUGGUGACCAUUAAGUGGCGGCCACUCGACGACUUUCUUAUAGUAGGUUGCUCGGAUGGAUCUGUCUAUGUGUGGCAGAUGGAGACGGGUCAUCUCGAUCGGGUUCUGCACGGCAUGCUGGCCGAGGAGGUGCUCUCUGCCUGCGAUGAGCAAGCAGCCGAGGAGGGCGGUGGCGGAGGCUCCGGUAGUGGUGCGAAUAGCGCCAGCGAAAUGGGCAUGGCCAACCCCGCCGUACACUUUUUCCGCGGCCUCAAGUCGCGCAACAUAAACGCCAUUCGUCACGCUACCCAGCGUGGCAUCCAUCAGCUGCAACAGCUGCAGGGUCACAAUCAGGGCAACUUUGAUUUCCUAAUGAAGCAUCGCAGCAAUCCGCUGGUCAUUCAGGGCCUGCGCACCAAUCCCAAAGACGCCGAGAGUCACAUACUCUUCUUUGACAUUGAGGGCCUUAUAUUCGAGCUCCACAGCGAGGAAUAUACACAGAUGACGCCCGCUACGCUCGAAGCUCUAGGCGUACAUAUACAAAAUCCAAAGGAUGGCAAGUCCAUACACUUAGAUGCAUCGAAGAAAAUAAGCGACUUCUUCGGCAAGGUUAAGAAUAAGGCGGGCGACAUGGAGAAAAUGCUUAAGGAUAAGGACAAGCAUGGCCUCGUGCAAAAGUUUAAAGAAAAGACGGAAAUUGUGGAGAAGAAGGUGCAGGCAAAGGUAGAGAGUCUGCAGAAGGCUGUGGAGACGCACGAACAGCCGCAGGAUCUCAAAAGUAAAAUCGCAUCCAAAAUGGAGGUUACACACGUGAUGGAAGUGGCACAACUAUUACUAUCGCUACUCCAUUCCUGGGGUCUAGAUCCACAUCUGGACAAGGUGUGCGAAUCGCAGUUAGGACUGCUGCGUCCCAUAGUACCCAUUUCGUAUGGCGUACUCUCCAAGGCCGGCUACAUGUCCCUAUUGCUGCCCACUUGGCAGAACAACUACGCGAUACCGGCUGGAAUUCAACUGCCCAGUAGUUCCAAGAAACGCGCCCUGCCCGAGGAGCUGCAACGUCUGGAGCAUCUAACCGCUAUUUUCACGUCUCGUCUGCAUUGGGAAUUGAGCACGACACUUACCUCUAAUCACAUACUGGCCCUGGUGGCCAUGUCCAAUACCUUACUCUCGAUGAGUGCCGCCUCCUUUCUGCCAGACAGCGAGAAACACAAGAAGUUGCAGCGCUUGGCACAACGCACCGAAUCGACGCUUAGCAAUGAGGAUGAACGCGAGGAUCUUCUGGCACAUCACACCUCACAAAUAAAGCAGGGCUGGAGCCUGCUCUCCACCCACCAUUGCUUCCUUUUACCGGACAAGAUCGAGGCCCUCGAGCCUAAGAAGUUCAAGCGACCCCAGGUGGAAAUGAUGGUUAAACGCUGGCAGCAUCAUUGCAUUGAAAUACGCGAGGCAGCGCAGCAAAUCCUUUUGGGCGAGCUGACCCGCAUGGGUAAGAAAGGACGUAAGCAGCUAGUCGAGAGCUGGGCUCAGUAUUUGCCGCUCUACACGCACACGGAGCCAAUUGUAGGCGCCGUUCAUCAGGCGGCCGCCGGCGGAGCUGUUUCUGGCAGCUCGGGCGUUGGGGUCAAUGGACACAAUGGCAGCGGUGUAGGUGGAGUUUCAAUGCCCCCGGGUGGUGACCAUCAAAGCGAAAAUUAUGAGGAGGAGGAGGAAGAGGAGGAGAUCAUACGCAAACCGUCCAGUUUGUCGGAGCUGAAGCGUAAGCAGACCACGGCGGUUAUCCUGUUGGGCGUAAUUGGCGCCGAGUUCGGACAAGACAUCUCCCAGGAAUCACCCAAUCAUCGUGGCAGCAUUAGCAGCAGCAGCGGUAGUGGUGGGGUAUCUGAACGUCGCAAGUCUUCGGUGGUCGAGGGUUUUGGUAUUGCCAACAAUUUGGCUCGUCUCACAUCGAUGGCUCUCGCCCAUCUGCUCUAUGCACCGGCCAGUUCCAAGUUGCCGCAAUACACCCCACUUCGCCGUGCCGCUAUUGAUCUUCUGGGACGUGGCUUUACCGUCUGGGAACCAUACCUGGAUGUGUCGAAGGUGUUACUGGGUCUGCUCGAAAUAUCCUGCGAGGGCAAAUCAGUGCCGAAUCUAAACUACAAGCUUCCGUUGACACCUCAGGCGGAUGCCUGCCGCACAGCCCGCCAUGCCUUGCGUCUAAUAGCCACAGCCCGGCCGGCUGCUUUUAUCACAACAAUGGCGCGCGAGGUGGCCCGUUACAAUACAAUGCAGCAGAACGCACAGUCCAUUAAUACACCUCUGACCCAGUCGGUGCUGUACAAGGCUAAGCUGGAGAUACUGCAGUGCGUAGAAAUGCUGAUCGACAAGAUGCAGUCGGAGAUCGCCAGUCUGCUUGUGGAAGUUAUGGACAUAACGCUGCACUGUGUGGACAGCAAUGAGCUGAAGAGUCGCGGCCUGGCCGAGGUCUGUCCCGCCAUUUGCAAGUUCAAUCAGAUUUCCCACUGUGCACAGACACGUCGCAUUGCGGUGGGUGCCAACAACGGCCACCUUGCUAUUUACGAACUGCGACAGAACAAGUGCCAGAUGAUACCCGCGCACACGCAUCCGAUUACCUCGCUGGCCUUCUCGCCGGACGGCAAGUAUCUGGUCUCCUAUUCAUGUGCCGAGAAUCGUCUUUCCUUCUGGCAGACCAGCACCGGCAUGUUCGGCUUGGGACAGUCACAGACCCGCUGCACCAAGGGCUACUCCACGGCACCCAUUCCGGAUGUGUCGCGACUAAAUCCCAUGCGACUAGCCAAGCUUGUCUGGAUCAACAAUCGUACCGUCACGCUCAUGCUGGCCGACGGCUCCGAAACUCGCUUCAAUGUCUAAGCGAGAGCAGCGAGAGUACCUUAAGCCGGAGAAAGAAAGAAAGAGCGCAAAGAGAGAGACGACGACUGGCUGUCUGUUUUUAACAAUUAUUUGCAAUCGUUCUAUAUUUUUUUUUUAUUUUUAACCAAUUUGGCAAUCGAACGCAGGCUUUAAAUAACGAGAUACCGCAAAUCGAAGAAGAUGAUGUUAGAGAUGAUGAUGUUAGAGUUGAUGAUGUUAGAGUUGAUGAAGAUGAUGAUGUAGUGAAAGAAAAAAGUGCUUUGCGCGAGCUGGGGCAUGAUUGGGGGCCCACCAUUCAUGCAGCGACCUCAACCAAAUUGUAUUUUAUAUCUAUGUAUCUAUAUAUAUAUAUAUAUAUAUAUGUAUAUUUAUAUGUAUGUAUAUGUAAAUUGUUUCAAGAUUUUUUUUAACACUUCAACGCAAAGGUUUAUGUAGAAUGGAGAGCAGUUGAAAUGCCACGCCCUCGUGCCCCAAGCCGGCAACUAGCACAGCACUAUAUAUGUAUGUGUAGUAGUUAAAUGUUUUCUGUUCUAUUGUUACACACAUUUAAAAGAAAAGGCAAACAAACAUUACAAAUACAAUUACAACAAAUUGAAAGAAAAAUUAUAUAACGAGAAAAUAUAAUUCUCACAAAUAAGAAAUAAUUAUAAACAACAACACACA